CGGAAAGGCUGUGGAAGGAGCGGGAGGCGCGGCGGCGGCGGCGGCGGCAGAGGUGCGGCUGCUCCGAGUUCGCGGGCGCGGCGGACUGUGACAGUGCUUUCCGCCGAGUCCCUCUCCGGUCCGCUGUCCCCGAGGCUUCCCCGAACCGUCACCCCCGCGGACCCACCCUCAGGUGAGGUCGGGGUCAGCGGCCGGGAGGAGAUCCAGGGAGCACUGGAGCUUUGGGGACGCUCCAGCUUGGGGCUGCAGGGCCGGCGGGGUCUGGCCGAGGUGGCGAGGACUCCUCCAUCCGCUCAGCAGGGGCUGCUGUCAUUUACUGACUUAUGGUCAUCGGCAGAAAUCCUGCCCUUCAGGCGUUUUCACUCCUGAGGAUUGUUGCUGUUGUAUUGGCACUACCUACUGGGCUACCUAGGUGACUCCUUUGUUUUGCUUAUAGGAAAAGAUGCUUGAGCGAAAGAUGACUGAUAUUAACUUGAAAGAAGUGACGUUAAUAGUCAGCGUGGUUGCCGCCUGCUACUGGAACAGUCUGUUCUGUGGGUUCGUCUUUGACGAUGUCUCAGCAAUACUGGACAAUAAAGAUCUGCGUCCAUCUACACCUUUAAACACUUUAUUUCAGAAUGACUUCUGGGGAACUCCUAUGUCUGAGGAGAGAAGUCACAAGUCAUAUCGGCCCUUAACAGUGCUAACAUUUCGCUUAAAUUAUCUGCUCAGUGAACUGAAACCAAUGUCGUAUCAUCUCCUAAACACAGUUUUUCAUGCUGUUGUUAGUGUGAUAUUUCUUAAAGUCUGCAAACUUUUUCUGGACAAGAAGAGCAGUGUGAUUGCUGCUCUGCUCUUUGCUGUGCAUCCAAUCCAUACAGAAGCAGUGACAGGUGUUGUAGGAAGAGCCGAGCUUUUGUCGUCCGUCUUUUUUCUGGCUGCGUUUUUGUCCUACACUAAAUCAAAAGGACCGGAUAAUUCCACAGUGUGGACCCCAAUUGCACUGACAGUGCUUUUAGUGGCUGUUGCAACAUUGUGUAAAGAACAAGGAAUAACAGUCGUCGGUAUUUGUUGUGUGUAUGAAGUGUUUGUGGCCCAAGGGUAUACUUUGCCGUUAUUAUGUACAGUUGCCGGACAGUUCCUCCGUGGAAAGGGCAGUAUUCCUGUUUCUAUGCUGCAGACACUCAUAAAACUCAUUGUCCUGAUGGUCAGUACAUUAUUGCUUGUCGUGAUCAGAGUCCAAGUUAUUCAGUCCCAGCUCCCGGUGUUUACCAGGUUUGAUAACCCAGCUGCUGUAAGCCCAACCCCUACACGACAGCUAACUUUUAACUACCUCCUUCCUGUGAAUGCUUGGCUUCUGCUGAAUCCUUCAGAGCUCUGCUGUGACUGGACCAUGGGGACUAUACCACUUAUCGAGUCAUUUCUAGAUGUCCGAAACCUUGCCACUUUCGCUUUCUUUUGCUUUCUGGGGGCUUUGGGAAUAUUCAGUCUCCGAUACCCUGGUGAUUCCUCAAAGACUGUCCUAAUGGCACUUUGUUUAAUGGCAUUACCGUUUAUUCCUGCCUCAAAUCUUUUCUUUCCUGUUGGAUUUGUUGUUGCCGAGCGAGUACUGUAUGUUCCUAGCAUGGGCUUCUGUAUUUUAGUGGCUCAUGGGUGGCAAAAAAUUUCAAAUAAAAGUGUAUUGAAAAAGCUCUCUUGGAUUUGUUUGUCUAUGGUGAUAUUAACCCAUGCCUUGAAAACACUCCAUAGGAAUUGGGACUGGGAGUCUGAAUAUACAUUGUUUAUGUCAGCAUUAAAGGUGAAUAAAAACAAUGCCAAAUUAUGGAAUAAUGUGGGUCAUGCUCUGGAAAAUGAGAAAAACUUUGAGAGAGCCUUGAAAUACUUCUUGCAGGCUACCCAUGUUCAGCCAGAUGAUAUUGGUGCCCACAUGAAUGUAGGAAGAACUUACAAAAAUUUGAACAGAACUAGAGAAGCAGAAGAAUCUUAUAUGUUGGCUAAGUCACUAAUGCCUCAAAUUAUCCCUGGUAAAAAAUAUGCAGCCAGAAUUGCCCCAAAUCACCUAAAUGUGUAUAUCAAUCUGGCCAACCUCAUCCGAGCAAAUGAGUCCCGCCUGGAGGAGGCAGAUCAGCUCUAUCGACAGGCAAUAAGCAUGAGGCCAGACUUCAAGCAGGCUUACAUUAGCAGGGGAGAGCUGCUUUUAAAAAUGAAUAAACCUCUCAAAGCAAAAGAGGCAUACCUUAAAGCAUUAGAGCUGGACAGAAACAAUGCAGAUCUCUGGUACAACUUGGCAAUUGUUUAUAUUGAACUUAAAGAACCAAAUGAAGCUCUGAAGAACUUUAAUCGGGCUUUGGAACUAAAUCCCAAACAUAAACUAGCAUUAUUCAAUUCUGCUAUUUUAAUGCAGGAAUCGGGUGAAGUUAAACUGAGACCUGAAGCUAGAAAACGGCUCCUAAACUACAUAAACGAAGAGCCACAAGAUGCCAAUGGCUAUUUCAAUUUGGGCAUGCUUGCCAUGGAUGACAAAAAGGAUUCUGAAGCUGAGAUUUGGAUGAAGAAAGCCAUCAAAUUACAACCUGACUUUAGAAGUGCUCUGUUUAACCUGGCUCUCCUGUAUUCGCAGACUGCUAAGGAGUUAAAGGCAUUGCCAAUUUUAGAAGAGCUGCUCAGGUAUUACCCUGACCAUACCAAGGGUCUCAUUUUAAAAGGAGAUAUUCUAAUGAAUCAAAAGAAGGACAUACCUGGAGCCAAAAAGUGUUUUGAAAAGAUACUGGAAAUGGAUCCAAGCAACGUGCAAGGAAAGCACAACCUGUGUGUCGUGUACUUUGAAGAGAAGGACUUACUGAAAGCUGAAAGAUGCCUGGUGGAAACAUUGGCAUUAGCGCCUCAUGAGGAGUAUAUUCAACGCCAUUUGAGUAUAGUUAGGGAUAAAAUUUCUUCUUCUGGUAUUGUGGAGCAGCCAGUGUCCCCAGUAGAUAUGACUUCAGGUACAGAAGAAAAAGAUGAAAUUCUUUCUGAGAAUGUAAAAGAAAUCAAAAGUGAACCCAGUUCGGCACAACUCAUAAAAACAAGUGAUCAUAAAAACUCGAAAUCCAACAAGCAAUCAACAAAAAGUGCAGACAAAGAGCCCCCCCAUAAAACAACAAAAGACAUCAAAGAAAUUGAGAAGAAAAGAGUUGCUGCUUUGAAAAGGCUAGAAGAGAUUGAACGCAUUUUAAAUGGAGAAUAAUGCAUAUACAAUGCUAUCAAAGACUUUCAUUCUGUAUCAUGUGUUUGCUAGUACUGGAAACCGAAAAAUAAGAAUAUAUACUGUAUAAGAUCCUCCUUAUAGGAUCAAAACAAGAUUUUCCUUGAAGACCUAUCUGCCCCAGGAUACAUGUUUUAGAAGAUAUGGCACAGAUUUGCUGACUCUAGUAGAAAUCUUAAAUUCCAGGUGAAAAACUUGAAACUUUUAUUAUAGAAAGAAAAGG